UUCACACACACACACCACACACUCCCACUCUGCAUGGAACAAUCCUUCCCUCUCUGCUUCUAAAUGGACUUUUCUGUGGCAACGUUUCACCAGUGAAGACAGCAGCUGCCGCCGCUGCCGCCCUGCUCCACAAGCUCCUACAUGCUGGAUUAAAAAAGUGAGGAGAGGAGAGGAACAGGCGGAGAUCUCCGAACAUGAGUGAGGAAGCUAAGGAGAAAGCAGGUGGAGGGAAAGCAGCCCAUCGCAAAAAGAAAGGCAAAAAGUCGGACAAUAAUGCCAGUUACCUGCGAGCUGCCCGGGCAGGAAACCUAGAAAAGGCCCUUGACUACCUCAAGGCUGGGGUUGAUAUUAAUAUCUGCAAUCAGAAUGGUCUGAAUGCUCUUCAUCUAGCCUCCAAGGAGGGGCAUGUAGAGGUUGUUGCUGAGCUAUUGAAGCUCGGAGCCAAUGUGGAUGCAGCCACAAAGAAAGGAAACACCGCUCUGCACAUAGCGUCGCUGGCAGGCCAAGCGGAAGUGGUCAAAGAGCUGGUCACCAAUGGAGCCAAUGUCAACGCACAGUCUCAGAAUGGCUUCACACCUCUGUACAUGGCAGCCCAGGAAAAUCACCUGGAGGUGGUGCGGUUCCUUCUGGAGAACAGCGCCAGCCAGAGUAUGGCCACCGAGGACGGCUUCACCCCCCUGGCGGUGGCCCUCCAGCAGGGCCAUGACCAGGUGGUCUCCCUGCUACUGGAGAACGAUACAAAGGGCAAGGUGCGCCUGCCUGCCCUGCACAUCGCUGCCCGCAAGGACGACACCAAGGCCGCGGCCCUGCUACUGCAGAAUGACCACAAUGCAGACGUCGAGUCCAAGAUGAUGGUGAAUAGAACGACAGAGAGUGGUUUCACACCUCUCCACAUCGCGGCUCACUAUGGCAACAUCAAUGUGGCCACACUCCUGCUGAACCGAGGGGCUGCCGUGGACUUCAUGGCUAGGAAUGACAUCACGCCGCUCCAUGUGGCAUCUAAAAGGGGCAACAGCAACAUGGUCAAGUUGCUGUUGGACAGAGGGGCCAAAAUUGAUGCCAAGACCAAGGAUGGACUGACACCUCUGCACUGCGGGGCGAGGAGCGGCCAUGAGCAGGUGGUAGAAAUCCUCCUGGACCGAGGAGCACCCAUCCUGUCCAAGACCAAGAAUGGCCUGUCACCCCUCCACAUGGCGACUCAGGGCGACCACCUGAACUGCGUCCAGCUCCUGCUCCAAAACGACGUGCCGGUGGAUGAUGUCACUAACGACUACCUGACGGCGCUGCACGUAGCUGCCCACUGCGGUCAUUACAAGGUGGCCAAGCUCAUUGUGGACAAGAAGGCAAACCCAAAUGCCAAGGCCCUGAAUGGCUUCACCCCACUUCACAUCGCCUGCAAGAAGAACCGAGUCAAAGUGAUGGAGCUGCUGCUUAAACAUGGAGCCUCCAUCCAGGCAGUCACUGAGUCUGGUUUGACGCCCAUCCAUGUGGCAGCCUUCAUGGGCCAUGAGAACAUUGUCAAUGCACUCACACACCACGGAGCAUCACCCAACACCACCAACGUGAGAGGUGAGACAGCUCUCCACAUGGCGGCCAGGGCGGGUCAGGCAGACGUAGUCCGAUACCUGCUGCAGAACGGAGCCAAGGUGGAGACCAAGUCCAAGGAUGACCAGACGCCGUUGCACAUCUGCAGUCGGUUAGGUAAGGCGGACAUUGUCCAGCAGCUGCUGCAGCGCGGCGCCUCUGCCAACGCCGCCACCACCUCGGGCUACACCCCCCUCCACUUGGCCGCCCGCGAAGGACACCAGGACGUUGCUGCCAUGCUACUGGAGAACGGAGCAUCACUUUCCUCCUCUACUAAGAAAGGGUUCAGUCCCCUGCAUGUGGCGGCCAAGUACGGCAAGAUAGAGGUGGCCAGUCUGCUCCUGCAGAAGAGAGCUGCACCCGACGCUGCUGGAAAGAGUGGGCUAACUCCACUGCAUGUAGCUGCUCACUACGAUAAUCAGAGGGUGGCACUGCUGCUGCUGGAUCAGGGAGCUUCUCCACACGCUGCCGCCAAGAAUGGCUACACGCCACUCCACAUCGCUGCCAAAAAGAACCAAAUGGACAUUGGGACCACACUGCUGGAGUACGGCGCCGACACCAAUGCGGUAACGCGGCAAGGCAUCAGCCCCGUUCACCUGGCCGCACAGGAGGGCAGCGUGGACCUGGUGUCGCUGCUGCUGGCCAAGAACGCCAACGUCAACAUGUGCAACAAGAGCGGCCUCACCCCCCUCCACUUAGCGGCUCAGGAAGACAAGGUCAAUGUUGCGGAAGUCCUUCUAAACCAGGGAGCCGAUGUCAACCCACAAACAAAGAUGGGUUACACUCCAUUGCACGUGGCUUGUCACUAUGGGAACGCAAAGAUGGCAAACUUCCUGCUGCAGAACCAUGCCAGAGUCAAUGGCAAAACCAAGAACGGCUACACUCCUCUACACCAAGCAGCUCAGCAGGGCCACACCCACAUCAUCAACCUGCUGCUUCAGCACGGAGCCUCAGCCAACGAGCUCACCGUGAAUGGGAACACUGCCCUAUCCAUUGCCCGUCGUCUUGGCUACAUCUCAGUGGUGGACACUUUGAGGCCCAUGACGGAUGAAAACCUGACUGCCAUGACGGUUACAGAAAAACACAAAAUCAACGUCCCAGAAACCAUGAACGAGUUCCUCGACAUGUCCGAUGAUGAAGUCGGGGCCAAUGUGCCUGAAAUUCUCAGUGAGGAGAGUAUUUCAGAUGUUGACGAAGGUGAGGAUGCGAUGACUGGCGAUACUGACAAAUACCUGCGGCCUCAGGACCUCAAAGAGCUGGGGGAUGACUCUCUCCCCCAGGAGGGCUACAUGGGUUUCAGCAUAGGAGCCCGCUCAGCCAGCCUCCGCUCCUUCAGUUCGGAUAGGUCCAACACACUCAACCGGAGCUCCUUUGCUCGCGACAGCAUGAUGAUUGAAGAGAUUCUGGCUCCCACCAAGGACACGCACCUGGCUGUGACCAGGGACUACAACUCGGAGUGUAUGAGGCGCUACAGCUGGACUCCAGAUACCAUGGACCAUAGCCACAACACAGUGUCCAGCCCCAUUCACUCUGGCUUGUCCUCCCCGCUCCCUCAGUAUGACUCCAGGUUCCUGGUCAGCUUCAUGGUGGACGCCCGUGGUGGCUCCAUGAGAGGCAGCCGCCACAACGGCAUGCGCAUCAUCAUCCCCCCCAGGAAGUGCACAGCACCCACACGCAUCACCUGCCGCCUGGCCAAGAGGCACAAACUGGCUUACCCCCCACCCAUGGUGGAGGGGGAGGGGCUGGUCAGCAGGCUGGUGGAAGUUGGGCCGGCUGGGGCUCAGUUCCUUGGUCCUGUGAUUGUGGAGAUCCCUCAUUUCGGCUCCAUGCGAGGGAAAGAGAGAGAGCUGAUUGUGUUGCGGAGUGACAAUGGUGACACAUGGAAGGAGCACCAGUCUGAUGCCAGACCAGAGGACCUCACUGAGCUGCUCAGUGGGAUGGAUGAAGAGCUGGACAGUCCUGCUGAGCUGGAGAAGAAGCGCAUUUGCCGCAUCGUCACCAGGGACUUUCCUCAGUAUUUUGCAGUGGUGUCACGAAUCAAGCAGGAAUCCAAUCACAUGGGUCCUGACGGAGGUGUGCUGUCCAGCACCACUGUGCCCAUGGUCCAGGCCUCAUUCCCACAAGGGGCACUCACCAAGAAGAUCCGCGUUGGCCUGCAGGCCCAGCCUGUGCCAGACGAGAUGGUGAGGGCAGUCCUCGGCAACAGAGCCACCUUCAGCCCUAUCGUCACCGUGGAGCCCAGGAGGAGGAAGUUCCACAAGCCAAUCACCAUGACGAUCCCUGUCCCGCCUAGGUCAGCAGAGGGCCACCCCAGUGGCCACAGAGGCGACUCUGCGCCCUGUCUCCGCCUGCUCUGCAGCAUCACAGGAGGGACAUCUCCGGCCCAGUGGGAGGACAUCACAGGAACAACACCUCUGUCCUUUGUAACUGACUGUGUCUCCUUCACCACAAAUGUGUCGGCCAGGUUCUGGCUCGCAGACUGUCACCAGAUUCCUGAGACGGUGAGUCUGGCGUCUCAGUUAUACCGGGAGCUGAUCUGCGUGCCGUACCUGGCCAAGUUUGUGGUGUUUGCCAAGAUGAACGAUGCCGUGGAGUCUCGGCUGCGCUGCUUCUGCAUGACGGACGACAAGGUGGACAAGACCCUGGAGCAGCAGGAGAACUUUGAGGAGGUGGCCCGAAGCAAAGACAUUGAGGUUCUAGAGGGAAAGCCUAUCCAUGUGGAUUGCUAUGGCAACCUGUCCCCUCUAACUAAGAGUGGGCAGCAGUUGGUUUUCAACUUCUACUCCUUCAAGGAAAACCGACUUCCUUUCAACGUGAAGAUCAGAGACAUGGGCCAAGAGCCGUGUGGCCGUCUCUCCUUCCUGAAAGAAGCGAAAACCACCAAAGGUCUUCCACAGACUGCCAUAUGCAAUUUGAAUAUCACACUGCCAACCCACAAGAAGGAUAUGGAAUCUGAUCCUGAUGAUGAGACUGAAAAGCCAGACCGACGUCAUACCUUUGCCUCCUUAGCUUUGCGUAAGCGCUACAGCUAUCUGACCGACCCAGCAGCGAGUCCCCAGAGUCCCUGUGAGCGAACAGACUUGCGCAUGGCCAUCGUUGCUGAUCACCUGGGACUCAGCUGGACAGAGUUGGCUCGGGAGUUGAACUUCACUGUGGAUGAGAUCAACCACAUCAGACUAGAGAACCCCAACUCUCUGACAGCACAGAGCUUCAUGCUGCUAAAGAAAUGGGUCAGCCGGGAAGGGAAAAACGCCACAACGGAUGCCUUAACUGCAGUGCUGACCAAAGUCAAUCGGAUGGAUAUUGUGACUUUACUGGAGGGCCCGAUAUUUGACUAUGGUAACAUUUCAGGCACGAGAAGUUUUGCCGAUGAUAACGCUGUUUUCCGGGAUCAGGCUGAUGGUAAAGUUUAG